GGAUUGAUUAUAUUUUUCUUGAAGAGAUGUCGGAAGGAUUAAGAAAAUCAUCAUAUGACUGUGACAUCUGCAAAGAGUCAUUCUUGGAAGAAAGUAAAUUCAAUCAACACAAACAAAUUCAUGAAGAGGAAGCACCAUAUCACUGUACUGUCUGUGGUAAAUCAUUGUCUGACAGGAGUAGCUUUGCUCGUCACAAACGUAUUCAUACAGGGGAGAAGCCAUAUCACUGUAGUAUCUGUGGUAAAUCAUUCUCUCAUGCUCAAAGCUUAGCUAUUCACAAACAAAUCCAUACAGGGCAGAAACCAUAUCACUGUGAUAUCUGUGGUAAAUCAUUCUCUGAUGGCAGUAGCUUAACCAAACACAAGCGUAUUCAUACAGGGGAGAAACCAUAUCACUGUGAUAUCUGUGGUAAAUCAUUCUCUGAUGGCAGUAGCUUAACUCGACACAAAGGUAUUCAUACAGGGGAGAAACCAUAUUGCUGUGAUAUCUGUAGUAAAUCAUUCUCUCGUUAUCAUAGCUUAGCUCUUCACAUUCGUAUUCAUACAGUGGACAAAACAUAUAACUGUGAUAUCUGUGGUAAAUCAUUCUAUCAAAGUGGUAACUUAACUAACCACAUACGUGUUCAUACAGGAGAGAAACCAUAUUCCUGUGAUAUCUGUGGUAAAUCAUUAUGUAGUGGCAGUAGCUUAUUGAAACACAAACGUAUUCAUACUGGGGAGAAACCAUAUCACUGUGAUAUCUGUGGUAAGUCAUUCUCUCAGGACAGUGGCUUAACUCAACACAAAAGUAUCCAUACAGGAGAGAAACCAUAUUCCUGCGAUAUCUGUGGAAGAUCAUUCUCUUAUAGCGGUAGCUUAACUACUCACAAAUGGAUUCAUACAUGAGGGAGUCCAUAUUCUUGUGAUAUCUGUGGUAAAUCUCUCUCAUAGCGGUAGGUCAACUACUCACAAAUGUGUUCAUACAGGUGAGAAACCAUAUACCUGUGAUAUCUGUGGUACAUCAUUCUCUGAAAGCAAUAGCUUAACUAAACACAAGCGUAUUCAUACAGGGGCGGAACCAUAACCUUGUAAUAUCUGUGGUAAAUCUUUCUCUCAGAACAGUGGCUUAACUCACCACAACCCUAUUCAUACAGGGUAGGAACCAUACCCCUGUGAUAUCUAUGGUAAGAUGUUCUCUCGAAACAGUCACUUAACUAUACACAAAUGCAUUCACACUCAAGAAAAAUUAAUUCACAGUGAUAUCUGUGGCAAAUCAUUUACACAAAAUCAUUCCUGAUUUAAACGAGUCUUUCCUUAUGAAGUGGGUCCAUAACACAGUGAUAUUUGUUGUAUAACAUUUCCUCAGAAGGACAAAGGACGUAUCUCAUAAAGACAUCCACAGAAUAUAGAAACUAUAUGAAUGUGACAUCUAUGGUAAAUCUUUGACAUGAAAUCAUCCAUUAUUGAAUCAAAAGAGCAUUGACAGAGGAAGGAAAACAUAUCACUGUGAUGUUAAACCUGAAUCAUUCUUUCAAAAUGGUGAAUUGUUUGUACACAGUCCUAUUAAUAUGAAAGAUAUAACUGUAGCCUUAGCUAUUUGUGCUAAAUCAAUCUAUGAAACUGGAUCAAUUAUUGAAAUGUAAAUGCAUUCAUACAGAAGAGGAACCACGAUGAUGAUGAUCCUCAUCAUUUAACAUUCUCCUAUUCUUGCUUCUGUGAAUCAGAUGGAAUUCAUUGAUGGCGAUUUUCUACAUCUGGGUCCCUUUCUUGUGACCAAUCCUCACCUGUUUCCAAGCAAGGAAAUAUUUUCCCUGGUGAGACACAUUUUACACAGAAGACUGGAAAUGAACAACUGCACAAGUAUGACGGCCAUGAUGGCCCUUUACGAACAUCACAUAAUAUCUGGACAAGGGUACACACACAUACAGACACAUGUAUGUCUGAAGAAUUUCUUAUAGGAAAUAUCUUACAUGUUUUCUACACAUAUAAGAGUUUGUAAUUCCUAUUAGGAAAUGAAACACAUGUAAUGCUGAAUAAAUAAUAUCAAACUUUU